CUGUUGUCUUCCCGAUUUCAUGCUUAUUCUCCAAUCCAGAGUACCUCUGCUCAUUAGGCACACCUCUCCGAUAAAUACACUACCCCGCAUACUCCCACCCCACUAUCGCUAUCGCUAUCGCUAUCGGCCAUAUCGAUACCGAUAUCAGCCAACGACCACAACAACACCUACCUUCCUACACCUCCAGCACCAAGCACACACCCACGAUGACCUCCAACACAAAAACAACCAAAACUCGCAUCCUCCUUAUCUCCGACACCCACACCAGCCCCCCAACCCCCUCACACUCAACCACAUCCUCCGCCUACCGCUCCCCGCUCCCGAAAGCCGACAUCCUCCUGCACGCCGGCGACAUCACCAAAGUCGGCUACAAGCAUGAACACGAAGAGAUGUUGGCGAUGCUCAAAGAUGCAGAUGCAGAGCUGAAGCUCGUUAUCGCGGGGAAUCAUGAUAUCACGCUUGAUGAGGAGUACUACAAUCGGGUUGGAUAUUUGAGACAUAAGCGGAAGUUGGGGUAUACAGCUGCGCUGGACAGUAAAGAAGAGGGAGGGGACGGACAACUUGAGAACUGCGCCGAAAUCAAAGCCCUCUACACGCACCCCGACGCCGUCGCCGCCGGAAUCAGAUACCUAGAAGAAGGCCUGUACACGUUCACCAUCUCCAACGGCGCGCGCUUCACGGUCUAUGCCUCACCCUACACGCCUGAAUUCUGUCAAUGGGCGUUCCCCUAUGAGCGCCAUGUCGACCGGUACAACCCCCAGCCUCCCGUGUCUGUUCGACAAUUCGGUGUUCAAGCACCGAAUCCUGUGCCCAGUUAUCCGGGGGUGGAUAUCAUGCUUACGCAUGGCCCGCCGUAUGGGAUUUUCGAUGAGGUGAUUCCGAGUGGGAGUCAUGUGGGAUGUGAGAAUUUGUUGAAGGCAACGGCGCGCGCGAAGCCUAGGUUACAUGUGUUUGGGCAUAUUCAUGAAGCGUACGAUGGUGGCAGGUUGGACUGGGGGACUCAAAAGAUGAAGAAGAUUCGGGGCGAUCCGGAGGAUAUGCUGGAGGAGAGGUGUUUGUAUGUUGAUGCUAGUGAGGAUGGGGGGAAGGGAUUGAAGUUUGGGGAGGAGACGCUCUUUGUCAACGCGAGUGUGGUGACGAUUAGGUAUCAUGCGGUUAAUGCGCCUUGGUUGGUGGAUUUGGAUUUGCCGGUUGAGAGACAAUAGUUUACGAGGAAGGGUAGUUAGAUCGCUAAGCACCAUAGCUUGACAUAUGUAUAAUGCAUGAUAUGAAUAAUUUACAGGAAUCCAAAGUCCAAAAGAGAUUAAACCAGUGAAA